ACCCGCCCCAUGAACCCAUUGUUGUUUCUCGUGGAGCGUGACAAACACCUUUCACAAGGAUCCUGGUCUAAACGUUUGUGUGCCGGAGGCUAGAGUCGGUAUGAGGCGGAACUGGUCCGACAAGUUCCAAACAUCUACUAGGUCUAGGGUCUCCGAAGCCAGUAUCUAGAACACCGAUUUUUAUGGACCUAUUCUGGUGACUGGAGAAGAUUGACAAACUUUGUAGACGUAAGCAGGCUUUUGACUCAGGUGUGGACAAGUGUGACCAUCACCAUGUCUGACAUAGAUCUACAGCCGCUCGUCGAUGCAGACUCUGACAGAUUAAUGGCGGGUAAGAAGAGAGAGGAACCGAAACCGCGCCCUCCUCCGUCCCCUGGAACGUUGCACCGUAGACUGUUCGUUGGCGGCACCGACGACUCGUCCAGUAUGCAAGACCUGUUCGGAGAAAAUGACGAGGACGACUGGGAGAAACCGGAGAACAGAUGCGGCUGUGGCUGCUGCCAUCCUGACUGCUGUCAGUGCUGUGCAAGUCCCAAACUUUUCGCGGUAAUCUGGGCAAUCGUGUGCGUCUUGAUCAACACAACAAUCGGCUACAGAGUUGGGAUAUUAGCCACUAUAGAAAAGACGUUUGACAUGGAGAGUAAGUACACAGGCAUCAUGUACGGUGGGCAUGACGCAGGGUACCUCAUCAUGGUCCUUCUGGUGUCUUAUUACGGAGGAAAGCAGGGAGCACAUCGUCCCAAGUGGAUCGCCUAUGGCACAAUGUUGAUCGGAAUUAGCUGCGUCAUCUUUGCACUGCCAUAUUUCUUCAUGCCAAGGCACGUCAUCGAGGAAGGCGAAGAAGAGAUUGUCUGUACACCGGGGAAGGCGCAAAACACAACCGACGUGGAGAAUUGCAAACACGCUCAUUCCAUGAAUUUGUUCUGGUACGUCAUGUUGACGGUUGCAACGUUCAUGAUGGGGAUUGGUGGGGCGCCCGCAUUGCCGCUUGGGACAACGUACAUCGACGAUCACGUGACAAAGGAGAGCUCACCAUUGUACAUCGGUUUAGCUCUGGUCCUACCCAACACCGGCAACGCUCUUGGUCUCAUUUUCAGCUCCUUUGUACUUCGGUACUAUGUUGACUUCCUCUUUAUUAGCCCUUCUAAGAUUGGAAUCGACUCCUCGGACGACAGGUGGAUAGGGGCGUGGUGGUUAGGGUUCCUCCCUCUGGCCGCUGCGUUCUUCUUCUUCAGCCUUCCUCUCUGCCUUUUUCCCAAGAAGAUGAAAAAGCCUCAUGAAGUUGGCCUUAAGGAGACCUCCAGGAUUCUUCCCUCUCUCGCAGAGCGGCAAUACCUCGCCGACAAAGGCUUGUUUACGACGUUGGGUUGCCUCUUUUCCAAUAGCGUGUACGUUCUCAUCCUGCUCGGUAUCUUCGUCAUAUCGGCCGUCACCAACGGUUUUUCUAUGUACAUACCCAAGUACCUGGAGAUACAGUUCUCAAUCACAAAGGCGAACGCAAGUGCACUGAUAGGAAUCGUGGUUCUCCCGGCGACGUUGCUGGGCACGCUGAGUUCCGGGGUGCUGAUGCGGCUGUGUAAGGUGUCCGGGCGGAACUCUAUCCAGCUGCUGGCCUGGCUGUUCCUGGUGGUUGCCAUGGCGAUCAUCCCCGGCAUGUUCCUGUACUGUGAGCCUGUACCCAUCGCAGGCAUCAUGACCGAGUACGGAGCUACAGCAUCCCAGUCGGGAAGACAGCCCCUCCCCCACGCCAACCUCCAGGCCGAGUGUAACAAAGACUGCGUCUGCCCACGGGAGUUCAGCCCUGUCUGCGGCCCAGACAAGAUCAUGUACUUCAACCAGUGCUUCGCCGGGUGUAAGGACAGUCUGAAGACCAAGUACAAGGACGUCAUGUUGUACACAGAUUGCUCCUGUAUACCUCCCGGGAAGAUGAAGGUUCGGAAGGAACACUACACCGGAUCCGUGGCCACCAACGACUGCAACUCUCUCGGGCAGUGCAACAACUUCAUCUUCCUCAUGAUCGUGCUGCUUGUGGUCGCCUUCGUGUCGUUCUUCGCCUUCACACCUAUUAUCACUGCAGUACUAAGAGUUGUCAAGAAAGACGAAUCCACCCUUGCGACAGGAAUGAUACAGUUUGCAAUCAAAGCUAUUGGUGCCGCUGCCCCUUUCCUGUUUGGGAUGGCCAUGGACUUCACCUGCAUCUAUUUCUCCAACUACUGUGACGCUCAAGGAGCAUGCCUGGUGUACGACAUCGACUGGAACCGAUACCUGAUGUUGGGGAUCGUCACUCUAGGGACUCUGUUGGGUUCUAUCUUGCUAUUUUGUGCUUAUAUCAUCCACAGAUCGUACCGGGAGGAAUAGGUUAGCAUUCUCCCAAAGUCAGUAUUUUCACCUUUCGGCUGUUGUUGAGGCAAACAUAAUGUUUGAUAGACUGAUAAUUUCUUAACCCAUUCUACCGCAGCAACAUCGUAAAGUAAGGCGUCAAAAAGUCACUAUAGAUGUUAACAAACAGUAAUAAGAUUGAGUUCAUCUCUACUUGUGAAAAGCUUUAUCGAUAGCAUCUCUUGGGUUGAUAUUUGAAAUGUAGUGGAAAAAAAUUGAAAAGAAAAAAUUAGAUAAGCUUAUAAUUAGACGUUACAGGAUGGUAUCAAUAACUGUUCUCAUAGAACACCAGUUACAUCUACAUGUAUUUGUAGGAACAUAGUACCAUUCAUGAUGUGGUUCCCUCUUGUAAUAAAGAUAAUACAUUAUCUAUUAAUGAUCAAUGUUCUGGUGUAAAUAUGUAUUUGAAAUACGACCUACACACAUGGUGAACUUCGUAUAAUAAGGUCUGCCUAGAAUAAUAAACGAACAAACUAACUGCACCUAAGAUGAGUACAAUGAUAUGUAACACUAUUCAUAGACGUAUACAAUAACAUGUAAUUGACACAUUGUUCAUGGUGACCAAGUACCUAUCAUAUGCCGUGUUUAUCCUUGGGUCAAUUGUUUGCCAACUUAAACUUCCUAUGUAUAAUAUAGUGUAUGCUUCGGUCAUUAAAGUUAUCAACAAUAGGCAUUAUGAAA